UGAACACAGCAUAAAAGUAUUUAAAACAGUCCCAAAAAUAUCACUAUCACAUUGGCGCCUUAAACCCUAUUGUGUCAACAUUACCCCCAAAACACACACACACACACACGCACACGCAGAGGAGUACAUCAUGAACCCUGCAAGACCUGCUGCCAUGCUCAAGCUUUCUCACUUUCUUAAAUCUGGGAAUAAGUUUUUCCAGAGUAGAUCUGCUGAAAUUUCUACUGCCAGACAAAGUUAUGGUUCUGAUGGGAAAAGUUUCGCCCCUCGUGUAUUUGCGGACUAUGCAGUUUUCAAGGGCAGGGCUGCACUAUCUGCUGCCCCUGUUCUUCCUACUUUUAGUAAAAUGGAUUCCGGUUAUACAAAGGUAGAUCGACGUGGUGUAAUUAUGCUGACGUUCCGACCUGCUAUCGGCGAGCGCAAAUAUGAUUCAGAAAAAAAACAGUUGUUUGCAUUAUCAGUGACAGAAGUUGGAUCGUUCAUAAGUUUGGGUCCCGGAGAUUCUUGUGAGUUCCUCCAUGAUCCAUCAAUGAAGUCAAGGGAUGCAGGUCAAGUGAAGAAAAGCUUAACGAUUAAGCCAAUGGCAGAUGGUUAUUUCAUCUCUUUAAGUGUGACAAACAAAAUAUUGCAAACCAAUGAAUACAUAACAGUUCCUGUAUCUACAGCAGAGUUUGCAGUUAUGCGGUCUGCUUUCACUUAUGCUUUGCCUCACAUAAUGGGAUGGGCACAUAGCACCAACCAGACCUCAGAUAGUAUCGGCAAGGAUUUUCCAAAGAUACACCCACAACUAGCAGCAACUUCUGAGUGGGAUAGGUGAUGCUUUUCUGCCCUUCCUCUAUCAGGUGGCAGAAGUAAAAUUAUUCUGCAUAGGCUUGAAAGGGGUAUCGUAUGUUCAAUGUCGAUAGUGUGUUUGGGUUACAUUGUCUAGAAACGGUUGGACUUGAUGUGGUGACUUUGGCUGUAGGAUUAACUUCUAAAUGUACUUACACUUAAACUUUUGUGACUAAGGAUUCAUUACCUUUUUGUAUGGUGCUGGUAUUUUAUGAAAGAUAUACUACAAGUGUAUCUUUGGUAAUGAAACUGGCUCUUACUAUAUAUUAUGUUCUUUUCACAUCUAA